AUGUCCCAGAGGUCUAGGCAACAGUCAAACAGUGCGCCGGAUGAACCUCCAAGACGUGAACGCCAUCCAUCUGCGAAACAGCGCCAACUCGACAAAGACCAAGAGGCGGCGCAGAGCCGUAAGGGACAGAAGCGGCCUGCAGACGAGAGUUCUGAGAAUAGGGCAUCUGGUGCUAAGCCAGGUAAGAAGCCUCGUACAUCGCACAGUGGUAACAACGGCAACUCGACAUCAACGGUUACUCAAUCACCGCAUAAGUUCACUACGCAGAGUGUCACAAGCGCGAAACCUAACAAUGUGCCGUUCAAGAACCUUAUCAAGCGUAAAGAAAAGGUCCUGCACAAAGUGACUCAGGCUCAGCAGAGUGCUCGACACUCUGAGCCUUCGGCGCCGGCGCCACUACCACCACCUACUGUAAGGUUGUCUGUACCACAACACUCCAAGCAGCCACCGCCUUCAAGGCCUCAGGCUGUGGCAAGACACUCCGAGUCAUCGUCAUCGCUGCCUUCAAGAUUGAUAGCAAGGCGCUCGGGAACACCACCGCCAGCAACUCUCAAGCGCUACGGAACCGCAAAUCAGUCAGAACAACGACAAGAUCAACGCAAUGUUCAAGUUGCUUCCACGGCAAGACAGGUCUUCUCUGGCUCCAACACGACGCAGAGCCGCUCCACCGGUGAACCUCAGAGUCAAUCCAAUACUAGACGUCCUGGCAACGCUGGACGUGUUCCGCCUCUAAGUGAUGACGAAGAAAUGGCGCCCGAGGAUCAUCGCCGCCGUGGGCCCAAAGCCGACAGUCCCGAACCACUGGGCCGAGACAACGACAAGGGAAGCGACAUUGGUAACGGUUUCUACAACGAUCUGGAAUACGACGAUGAUCAGUCCGGCAACAAGCAUCAUGUGAAUCCAUACGUCUACGACGCUGCAGACUUUCAAGACGACGAGGAAUACUUUAGUCAGCAAGAUGAUGACCAGCCUGUCGAACGUGUGCCAUCUUCGCCACAUUCCAGUAGUCCUCCUCCGCAUCAGGGUGUCUCUCCACAUGACGAUGUUGAUGAUGACGACCAGGAGCAGCAGCGCGAAGUGCUAGAGGAUAAGGAGGAUGACGAAGGAAGUGGGGACGAAGGAAGCUCCAUGAACGGCGAGGUCAUUGGCACUCCAUCUAAACAUGGUCCGCGUGUCAAGGACUACAAUGCCGACGUGAAGGCUCUUCUCAAUAUCGCUAAUUCAUUGUACAGAUGCCGAGUGUCUACUAUCAACGCGUUUCCGACCGACUUGCUUGAAGAAGAAUGGGCCCAGAUUUGCUGGGGCGAGGCUUGUAAGACACUCAACGUCAACUAUGCCGCUGAUCAACAUGUGAUCAAGAUUGUAAGUCAUUGA